AUGACGCUAACAGGAUCACAUAUAUUUGAUUACGUGCACUUAGUACAGAGAGACGACAACGGGUGUGUCACUAAUUGCCCUGCUCUAUCUGAAUGUACAUGCCCCAGCAAGAACGAAGAAUGUGUCCAAGUGGCACAAACGUGUGAGAAAUGUGCUUAUAACCAAUGCAGACCCCAACAAAUUCUGCAUAAAACAAACACUGGCGCCAUAGUUGGUGGGGUUAUUGGUGGAGUUGUAUUGAUUGCCUUGGUAGGUGCGUUGUACUACUAUUUCCGCAUUUUCAAGAAGAAACCGCCGGUUGUUUUGGAUGAUGAAUACGACGACAGCUAUCAUGAUGAAGAUACUGAUGGGUUUGUUUCCGAUAAAGGUGGUGGGUAUGCGUUGCUGAGCUUGGCAAGUAGAGGAGCAAAUAACUCGCGGUCAAACGUUCUGGACCAGCAGUUUAGUCCCACAGAGUCUCAUUUUCCUGGAGCUGUACAGCGUGAAGGUAAUGGCGGAGGCUCACCCACGAAUGCUCACUUUGGCAAGGAUGCUGCUACAUCUGGUGGACCAGCGGGACCAAAUGGGGCACAAACUGGAGUAGCUGCUGGCCCAGCUGCACCACAACGACCGCCUGCACGUAGAGUCCUUUCAGGUGAAGCUAGAGCUAAAGCAAAGAGGCGGAUAUCUUCGUACGAAUCAUUUACUCGUCCAAAUGCCCUCAAACUGAAAUCAAAACAACAACAGCAAUUGGCAGCUCAACAGAGGCGAGCAAGGCAACAAAAGAUUGUCAAGCAAGCAAAUUUACAACAGCAGCAGCAGCACCAGCAAUUACAAGUGCCCACCACAGAUGGGGCAGGCAAUUUGGUGUACCUGAACCAAUCGCACAGAAGCUCUGUUGCAACUUCGAUAUCGAAUGCUUCCAACAUUUUGCCUAUUGCUUAUAUACCAGGUGUUACAGUCAGACCUACGAGAAACAACACGGGGUCUUUAUAUUCAUACGAUUCAGAUUCGUUAUUUUCUGAUUUGAACACAAUUGAAAACGCCAGUAUUGUUGGAGAAAAUGCAGUUGGUAAUCACGGACAGGCGGUGGGUGCGUCUGUUGGCGAAAAUGGUGGCAACGGUAGUUCUCCUUCUCCAGCUACCAUGACUGCAAUCAAAGCGCAGCCUAAAUUGGUCAAUGUAGACAAAAUUGAGGAAGAGGAAGAGGAAGAUGACGAUGAGGACGAAGAUGCCUAUUUGAACGGGGAAAGCGUAGCAGGUGCAUACGCUUCUACUUCCCAUCAUGGCUUUGAUUCUGAAGUGUUACAUGAGACUGAUGAUAGUGAUGUCGAUUCGGAUAUUGGCCAGAUCACAAGAGCCACAUCGACAAAGAAAUUGAACAAAAAGAGUAUCAGUCAUUCUGAUGUUGAAGGAACAACAAUGAGAAGUUUUGACCAUACCUCAAGUAGUCUACCUCAAAACCGGGAGAUAUUGAUGAAUCACUCUUCUUCCUCACUGAACGUGUCCCAUAUUCCUACUGGCAUGAUGCAGUAUAAUAGUGAUCAUGACUCGAAUAGAGAUGCCUGGUCUACUGUGGGGUCGUUUUUGUUUGAUAUUGGCUUUGAUGACAAUUCUGCCUCGUCGCCGUCAAAUGCUGCUGCUUUUGAUGAGUCUAAUCGGAAAGGUAGUCCAUUUGCUGAUGGUAGUGUUUAG